AUGUUAAGCCCGGGGAAGGGUGAGUUUUUGAGAUGGAGUCUGAAGAAAAAGAGGGAGGUGGUAUAAAAUAUACUCGGAGUCGAGAGUGGAUUUCAUGCUCUUUAUUCAGCUGAUAGUGGUGAGGAAGAAUGGACGUUCCCCCAGGAUGUCUGCUUUAUAUACAUUAUUUACACAAUGGGUCGCAUGUGAUUGGCUAAUUCCGGGAUUCUCCUGUAGGCCAAUCAGGUUGCGGAUUCACAUCCACCUGGAGCUGGAUUGGGUGGCUCCUGUGGACCAAUCAGACUGCUGUAUUCUGGGUCCUAUUGUUCUAGGACCAAUCAGACUGCUGCAUUCUGAAUCUUAUUGUUCUAGGACCAAUCAGACUGCUGCAUUUUGGAUCCUAUUGUUCUAGGACCAAUCAGACUGCUGCAUUUUGGAUCCUAUUCAACUCAGUACAUAACAUGGUACCUUUGGGGUCCUUCUGUAGCAAAUUCCAGGGGGGUUUCCUAUCUGUGGAACUCCUCCCCCCCCCGUGAGGUCUGCCUGUUGCCUUCACUGCCAUUUUUUCGGCGACAGGUCAAGACUUGACCUUUCUCCUCCCCUCUCCAGGUUUAGACUGGAUUUUGUUCUGCUGCCAAAACUUCCUGUGGUCAUUACAGAGGGGUGUGUGUGUGUGUGUGUGCGCGUAUGAAUGAGUUUCAGAUGUCUGUAUAAGAACAUUUGUGUUUUAUAUUUUAUUUAUUGGUUUAUUUCAUUUCUUAAAUUUAUAUGCCACCCUUCAUCCAAACAGCACAGUGCUGUUUGCAGCAUAAAAAUUCAAAAUGAGAACCAGGGCCGGAUUUAGUUUUGAUGAGGCCCUAAGCUACUGAAGGUAAUGGGGGCCCUUUAUAUGUCCAGCUGUCCUUUGUCAACAACAAAUUGUCACUGUUUUUUGUGUUGAAUAUAUGCUAUGUGGUAAUUUAUGGACCUAAUAGGUAUCUAAAGCCAUUUGCACAUAACAAAAUAUGUAUUUUAUCAAAGUAAUUGUUGGACAGAAAUACAAUUAAGAAGUAUAUUAAUAGUGAAAUACAAUUAGGAAGAAGCACAUUAUUAAGCUCUAACUUAAAACGAUGUCAAUUUUAUUUUAUUUUUAUCUUAUAUUUUGGAAAUGUAAAGGUAAAGGUAAAGUCCAGUCGUGACCAACUCUGGGGUUGUGGAGCACAUCUCGCUUUAUUGGCCGAGGGAGCCGGUGUACAGCUUCCGCGUCAUGUGGCCAGCAUGACUAAGCUGCUUCUGGUGAACCAGAGCAGUGCACGCAAACGCCAUUUACCUUCCUGCCAGAGCGGUACCUAUUUAUCUACUUGAACUUUGAGGUGCUUUGGAACUGCUAGGUUGGCAGGAGCAGGGACUGAGCAACGGGAGCUCACCCCGUCACGGGGAUUCGAACCACCGACCUUCUGAUCGGCAAGCCCUAGGCUCUGUGGUUUAACCCACAGCGCCACCCGCAUCCCAUUUUGGAAAUGUACAUCCAGGUUUUUUCCCCUUUAAUUUUUUUGGGGGGCCCCCAAGAGAGUAGGGCCUUAAGCCAUAGGUUGUUUAGCUUAUACGUAAAUCCAGCACUGAGAGAAGACAAAAUACAUUGCAAGCAAGCAAGCAAACAAACAAACACAGGCACCCAGAAAGUCAAUGGUUGCUCCCCAACCACUCGCAUUUUGUGUCUGUUUCAGAUGCCGUUGGCUGCGUCGACCCCGAAGAAUGUUUCCGAGUGUGUGGGUCCGAGGUGGGCUGCUCCAACAUCGCUUACCCCAAACUUGUGAUUGAGCUCAUGCCCAGUGGUAAGCUAAGCCGAGGCAGUGCUGCCUUCCUAUUGGCCGGUUGGGUGUUCCUCUAGUCCUGCCUUACUCCCUAACAGGCAACCGCUUCCUCUUUCUGCUUACAUUCAUUUAGGCCAGCCUUUGGCAACCUGGUGCCCUCGUGGCUGUUUCAGACAGCCGCUCCAGAAGGAUACCAUGGUUGAUGGUAUCAAAAGCCGCUGAGAGGUCGAGGAGAAUUAACAGGGAUGUGUUUCCCUUGUCUGUGUCUCUCUCGACAGAGGUCAUCAUACAGGGCGACCAAUGCGGUUUCUGUGCCAAAACUGGGCCGGAACUCCGACUGAAAUGGAUCCAGGUUAAAUCAAUUUCUUCCAAAAGCGCCUGGAUCUGGUCUGCGACCACUCAUUCUAGAACCUUCCUCAGGAAAGGGAGAUUAGCAACUAGUUUACCUAGGGCACCCAUGUUGGCAAAGCCAGAAAGUAAACAAAAACCGCUUGGAUUUAUCCUGGCAUUUCCCAAGAAUUCCACCCUGCCAUCUGAACAAGGAACCACAAACCAUUACUAAUGGGAGAAUUAGCACAGGUGUCUCUGGGUACAAAUGUGAUUAUGGGCGCUGCUGUGUUCUUUGCCCCCCCCCCCCCGGAUGUUUUUUCUUAAAGGGGAAUGACUGUGCUUUUUGAGGCUUAGGUAAAGGUAAAGGGACCCCUGACCAUUAGGUCCAGUCGUGACCGACUCUGGGGUUGCGGCACUCAUCUCGCUUUAUUGGCUGAGGGAGCCGGCGUACAGCUUCCGGGUCAUGUGGCCAGCAUGACUAAGCCGCUUCUGGCGAACCAGAGCAGUGCACGGAAACGCUGUUUACCUUCCCGCCGGAGCGGUACCUAUUUAUCUACUUGCACUUUGAUGUGCUUUCGAACUGCUAGGUGGGCAGGAGCAGGGACCGAGCAACGGGAGCUCAUCCUGUCACGGGGAUUCGAACUGCCGACCUUCUGAUCGGCAAGUCCUAGGCUCUAUGGUUUAACCCACAGCGCCACCCACAUCUUAACUUCCUUGUUCGGAACCCCGUGGGGGUGAGGCUGGGGUGUAAUCAGGACUUCAUAUUAUCCAGCAGCCCCUCAGCCCUGGCCAGUAAGGGCAAUGGUCAGCAAUGGUGGGAGCUGAUGUCCAGCAACACUGGAGGUCCACAGUUUCCCCACCGUACUUUUCUCCAGUGCUGAUAAAACCGCUAGCGCAUUUGCAGAGCUAAGCAGGGUCUGGUAUGUUUUCCAAUUGGAUGGGGGACCGUGUGAUGAGAUUCUUCCAUUGCAGGGGGUUGGACUAGAUGACCCUUGGGUCCCUCCCAACUCUCUGUGGUUCUACAAAAGUUUCAGCUUCAGAGGCUGGGUCUUGCGCAAGGAUUUUCAAAUUUUCUGCCUUCAGCAUCUGCUGGGAUACUCCUGAUUGGGGGACGAUUCUGGGAGUUUCCGGAGGAACGCAUGUGGACCAGUCCUGUGGGGUCAUAUUGUUGCCCUGCAUGACGUAAGAACGUGUUUUGAGAUUGUACCAAACAGUCCCUCUUGCAGAAGGUGCGUUACAGGGGAAAGAGACAUAUUCUUUGGGUGGGGGGAGCUGCCUUUCAGAGACGUUUGUCUGCCAUUUGCUGAGGAAUCCCUGAUCACAUUCAGAUAAGCCUCAGGGUGCCCUAGAAAAGUGACCUCAGGAAAGAGGCAAGAUGCUUUGAACCAGGCCUGCUAAAUCCUGCUCCUCAACUUGGAGACUCUUGUAUAAGGAGAGCUUAUAAGGCAAUAAACAACUAUUUUACUUUUAAAAGACAACUUCCUUGUUUAGGGAAGUUUUUAAUGUCUGAUGCUGUAUUGUUUUUAAUAUUCGUUGGAAGCUGCCCAGAGUGGCUGGGGAAACCCAGCCAGAUGGGCGGGGUAUAAAUAAUAAAUUAUUAUUAUUAUUAUUAUUAUUAUUAUUAUUAUUAUUAUUAUUAUACUGGGUGAAGCCAGUGGCCCAUCUAGUCCAGCAUUCUGUUCUCACAGCAGCUGACCGGACGCAGCAAUGGCACUCUCCUCUUCUUGUCGUUUCCAGCAGCCGGAAUUCAGAAGCAUCUUGCCUCUGACAGUGGAGGGUAGAAUGGUAGCAUCAGGAGCUGGAGUCAGGCAUUGGUCAGCAAUGAAACAACAAAGCACCAAAUGUCAGUAAAGUUAACUCUUUAUUCAAAGGGGGAGGAAGCUCAGUCCGAGUGGUCGCGACAACCCUUUCCAGUGGGUCGUUCCCCAAUGAAGCUGUUGCGAGGACUGAAGGUCCUUCCCACCGCUCUCUAGGGUUCUCCCCUGGUUCCCUCCCCAGCAAGUUGGAGGAUGGAUGCUGGAGGGGACCAGCAGUUGUGGGGAGGCAGGGACCUUCAGUCUCAGCAACUGCUUCACGGGGGCAGGACCUGCUAGAGAUGAGUUGCUGCGCUCUUUAGGCCUGACACUCCCGCGCCAAUCAUAUUUUUGCUAAUAAAGAGUUAACUCCAAUUUGUACGGUGUUACUCACUGCUGGGUGAAGACAGGGCCAUGUUGUUGAUCCAACAGUCCAGCUCAGAGUACAAUCCUGGGCAGGAGAUGCCAGCUAAUUGGUCGUCAGAACUUACUGCUGUAAGCAUGUGCUUUGUCAAUAAAGAAUUAAACUACUGGCUGGCUGUUUGUCAUCCUUGAGCUAGGUGUGCUCAGGACACAGUUGGCACUGCUAGAGCGGCGGCGGGGGGAGCAGUCCAGACUCAGGGGGUCUCCCCCUCCUGCUUCUCUCCCCACUGGUCUCCCAGAACACACAGAGAAAUGAAGAGGGAGGCGCAAUGAGAGGCAAGACGAGGAAGCUUUGCUAUACAACAACAACAACAACUUAUUAUUUAUACACCGCCCAUCUGGCUGGGUUUCCCCAGCCACUCUGGGCGGCUUCCAACAAAAUAUUAAAAUACAAUAGUCUGUUAAACAUUAAAAGCCAUUGGCUUUUCUGGUUCCUCCCUCCAGGUCUGCGAGGGUUAAUGAUCGCCGUCAUGAUGGCUGCUCUGAUGUCAUCCCUGACCUCCAUCUUCAACAGCAGCAGCACCCUCUUCACCAUGGACAUCUGGCAGAAGGUGCGGAAGGAGCCCAGCGAGAAAGAGCUGCUUCUGGUUGGAAGGUACCAGCCUGGGGCGGGGCAGUAUCCCUGGGGCCGGCUCUACCGUUAGACAAUGCAAAGGCAGUUUUCGUGUGUCGUGAAAGGGCAGUGCUGGCGAUUAGUUAUUUGAUUCAUUAUUUUAGGAUCCAUUACUUGGCCAUCUUUACAAGAACUUGUGGGAUUAUUCUGGCUCAGGAACCUUUGUUGCCCCUGGAUGCUAUGCGCCAUGACUAGGGGAUGGGGAUGAACGGGAGAGAAAUUCGGUUCAAGAUGAAUUCGAAUAAGGGGCCACCCAUUUCACACUUUUCAAAAUUAUGUGCAAACUGCAUGGAUUAGAGUGGUCCAACCUCUCACACCAAGUGGGCUGCAAGAGUACCUUGACAGGGAACCUGCGGGCCACACGCCGAAUUCAAUUCCCAUGUCUUAAAUUAAAGUGUUCGCAAUAUAUUUAAUGUUAUUUAAUGUACACAAAUUAUAUAUUUGAUUAAAUAUAUAUAAUUAAAUACAGAUUUAAUAGCUUUAAUUGUUAAUAGCUUUAAUAGACAAACAGGUGUAUGUGCUUUCGUUAACAACACAAGACACACACAGAAAAUAAAAAUUUAAAGCUUUAAAAUGUUUUUUUCUUGAAUGUGGCCAAGGGCUGCUAACAAAGGGUUCAACCACCCUGGAUUAGGUGAAAGCAUCCAUAAAAAUGCACAUUAUUUUUUUGCAAAGGACAUGCAAAAAUGCAUCAUAUUAAGAGGAUUUGCUUGCAAAAAUGAGACGUGAACACUAAAAUGCUGACAAUCUUUCAAAAGGCUUUUUAAAAAAAUGCAUUUUAUAAACCCAUAGUGCAGGUGCUGCUGGCUAGCUGUAUGUUGCUGGACUACAACUCCCAUGAUCCUCAGCCAGUAUGGCCAAUGAGCAGGGAUAAAUGGGGGUUGCAGUUCAGCCACAUCUGGAGGGUCAAAGGCUCUCUGUGUGCUGCUGUUUCUAAAUAAUAAUAAUAAUAAUUAAUAAUAAUAAUAAUAAUAAUAAUAAUGGACACCCUGUCAGAUCUUUUCCUUGCACCAGCCAGGCACGGAGAUUAACUUCCCCUGUUUAUGCCUCGGUAGUCCUGCUUUCUGAAUCAUUUCCCGCCGUCACCAGCAACUCAGUUUAUCUGCCUGCACAACAGACCUAAUGAUGCAGAAAUCCUGCUUGCAAGCGUCUCCACAUUUCAAUUAAUGAGCAUGUUUGUGUAGCUGAGAGAGGACUGAUGGCCAGCAACUUGAAUUUCAUAUGGGUGAUCCAGAUCAUUAAUUAACCGAGUGAUCUGCCAAUUUAUUGGGUUGCAUUUCUGAACAGCCCAAGGAAUGCCCUGUAAAAGUUGCUGUGUAUCCUGCUUGACCUUCAACGCAGUCUCCCUUGUCCUCUGCUGUGCCUUUAACCGUAUUGCUAAAAGCUCUGCAGAAUGACUUGCCCCUGCCCCUCACGAAAAUGCUAGCCUGCAUUCCUUUUGUUGCUCACAGUGGCAGCAGGUUGCCUGGAGGGAAUUCCUCACUCACCCUGCCUUAUUGACAUAUUUGGCCAUGUGGGUCAGUGCGGCUGGUUCAAGGCAUUUUGCUGCCCGAGGCAAAAGGCACAAUCAUCUUGCCCGGUUCCAUAUGUGUAAACUCAAUUUGGGGGAAGUACUCUUUGCUGAGAGAACCCCAGCGGAGAUUUAAAAUCACAAAACAUGUAGCAGAGUAAAGCAUGAAAAUACAGUCUGUAAAACCUAAAAAGGUGCCCUUUAAAGUGAGUUCUGAAAUGUCCCCUUAAAAAGUUUCUUUCCAAAGUUUCCCACUUCCCCUAGCAUAGAAAAACACCACACAUUUGGGAAGUUAAAAAUGGUUUACUUACAAACUCUCCUGAGGUCAGAUUCAUGUGCUUUAGAAAGAUGCACAGGCAGUAAAACUUGGCUUAGUUAAGAAGUGGCAAAAGUUCCUAGGUUAUUGAUAUAGGGACUCAAGAGAGGCCCUUUACACGCCAAUCUUCUCAGGUAGACAGGGGGAUAACAUUAGACCUGAUUACCUAUUUCCUCCCAAGGUAAGGGACAUGAACAUAGCUAAAUGUAGCAGGACAGCUUGCUCCAUGGUAUUAACCCCUUCAUGCAUUAAUUAGACUUAAGCAUGUUGGUUAUAUGAGGCUGGUUACCCUAUAAAUAAGGCAGGGUCUGCUGAGUAAUGGUGGAGAUAUAGAAGGGAAGGAUAAUUAAGUUCUAACCCCAUCCCUCAUUUUGAAGCCCAAACAAUUGACCUUCCACUUUCUUUUUAUUCUUUUAUUCUUUAUUGAAUUUAUAUACUGCCCUAUACCCGGAAGUCUCAGGGUGGUUCACAGAACAAAAUCAAAAUAUUGUUUCUUCACACCAAAUGUGCCAGUGAUCAACAUUCGUAUACUGGUCCUUCCCUCUCCCAGCAACACUGAGACUGUUCAUGAAGUCAACUUUCCUUUGCUGGUCCUUGCCUCUCCCGUGACAAUUAAGAAUGUGUGGAUUUUGUGAUGUCACAGUAGCUCAACCAAUGUAGGAGACUGGAGGCAGCUAAUGGCUGCCAGGGCUUUUUCUUCUUCUUUCUUGAUAAUAUUGUUGUUGUUUAGUCGUGUCCGACUCUUCGUGACCCCAUGGACCAGAGCACGCCAGAGCACGCCUGAUAAUAUACACAUAUUUAAAGGUAAAGGACCCCUGACAGUUAAGUCCAGUCGUGAAUGACUUUGGGGUUGUGGUUCUCGUCUCGCUUUACUGGCCGAGGGAGCCAGCAUUUGUCCGCAGACAGUUUUUCCGGGUCAUGUGGCCAGCAUGACUAAGCUGCUUCUGGCGAAACCAGAGCAGCGCACAGAAACGCCGUUUACCUUCCUGCUGGAGCGGUACCUAUUUAUCUACUUGCACUUUGACGUGCUUUUGAACUGCUAGGUUGGCAGGAGCUGGAACCGAGCAACAGGAGCUCACCCCGUCGUGGGGAUUCGAACCGCCGACCUUCCGAAUGGCAAGCCCAAGAGUCUCAGUGGUUUAGACCAUAGUGCCACCUGCAUCCCCCAUGCACAUAUUUAUCCACAGCUAAAUCUGGAAUGCAGCCUCUUGCUGCUAAUUUAUGUGACGUGUCUGGUCCCUGCGUUCGAUUGUGCAAUUUCAAUUGCCGUAGAGUAGCAAUUUGGGGACACUCCCCUGAUGAUUCCAGCCAGCCAGCCUUAGAUGGCAUUUGGCAAGGCGGGACACGCCUUGACUUAAUUGUUUUCCUCCUUUUGUCUCUUUGGGCUUAAUCGAUUUGCUUCGAUGUGUGAACACGGAAUGAGAGAGAGCAAGAGGGAGAGGUAACCUGCCAAAUGAGCUGCAACGAAGCAAUUAACAACAACAACAAGGGAGCUUGCAGGAAUGAGCCCUCCCAAACUCUAACCUAAUUCUUCAGCGAUUUCGCAAUGCUUCAUUUGUCAGUAAUAAAUCCAGCUACUAGGCCGGUGAUUUUGUUUAAGCAGCAAAUCAUCAGCUUCCCAGGCCCCUUUGGCUCCAUAUGUGGAAAGCAGGUAUACCACUUUAAACAGUCAUGGCCUGCCCCAAAGAAUCCUGGGAGCUGUAGUUUGUUAAGAGUGCUGUGAGUCAUUGGGAGACUCCCCCAUUCCCCUCACAGAGCUUCAUUUCCCAGAGUUCCCUAGGAAGAGGGAUUGAUCGCUAAACCGCUCCAGGAAUCAGAAUCAGGGGUCUCCUGCCAAUUCUCAGCACCCUUAACAAACUACAUCUCCCAGGAUUCUUUGGGGGAAGCCAUGGCAAUUUAAACUGGUACGGCGCUGCUUUAAAUGUAUAGGGCAGAUGGGCCCCCAGAUAACUAAAUGCCGUGGUUCUGAUAUGCCGCUGCUUCUCUGCUUAAAGGGGAUCUUCAGAAACGUUGAUGGUUAAUUGGAGAGAGGAGUCAUUUCUGUGUCCCUGACUUAGAUUCAUGGGGACAUAAUGAUGCUCUCUUAUCUCACUUUACCCAUUUGUGAAAGAGGGUGGCUCCUCUUUGGGGUGGGACUGUGUGGCAACUUUAUCAGGAUGCUGAGAUCUCUCAGCGAAAACAAAGCCAUUCAUUAUUACUGGAUGUCGGCGUGUUUGUUCACUGAAAAUACUUCUUCAAACGACAAGCCCCACAAGACAGCUAGCAGCCAAAAGAAACCACAGAACACAAUUAUUAAACAUCAAGCCAGAUGUUACAAAAACGAUGGAACUGGCACGGUUUUCUUCUGGCAGAGCGAAGUAUGAUAAGAGACGUGGCAUUUAUAGCAUUGCGUUGUACAGGGCUGUUAUCAGGGGUCACCCUGGGUCUUUUGCACUGGGGUGCUAACCAGGGCCAGAUUUAGGUUUGAUGAGGCCCUAAGCUACUGAAGGUAAUGGGGGCUUCCUAUGUCCAGCUGUCCUUUGUCAACAACAAAUGGUUGCUGUUUUUUGUGUUGAAUACAUGCUAUAUGGUAAUUUAUGAACCUAAUAGGUAUCAUUCUAAAGCCAUUUGCACAUUGUCAUGCAACCAGUCCGUGCAGAAUGUAGGCACCCUAUAUAUAGAAAUCAGCAAACCAGUGAUAUUUUAUGGGACAGGCUAGCAGGUGGGGCCCAUGACUUACAUCAUAGGAGCCCACACAAAACAAAACACUGUUGCUGUAUGUAGGUUUUAUUUUAUUUGCUUUUUAUCUUAUAUUUUGGAAAUGUACAUUCAGUUUUUUCCCCCUUUAAAUUUUUUUGUGGCCCCCAAGAAAGUGGGGCCCUAAGCUAUAGCUUGUUUAGCUUAUACGUAAAUACAGCACUGGUCCUAAUGUCUGUAGCUGCUACCUCCUUCCUUUAAACUUAAAGAGAUUUGCUUUCAAGGGCAUCUGGGCGCAGGUGCAGAGUACAGUCUCAGUGAGACCCCACCUGCCAUCAUAGUUUGUGGAGGGCCCAAUCCGCUUAAAGUAUCCUGGGCCCAGCAAAUCCUCUUGGCACUCCAUGGUUCGGAGUAAGCCUUGCCGCUUCAAUUUGCACCAGCGCAUGCAAAUGAGAAAAUGCAAAUGUUAUGCAAAAAGUGGGUGGGGCUGUGGAUGUGCCAGGAGCCCUGUAGAGACAUCUUGGCAGGGCUGGCCAGAGGGGAGUGAGGAGGAGCCACAGGGUGAGAAUCAGGACCUAUCUGUCUCGUAACCUGACUUAUCUACCACAGCGAUCUACUAGGCAUUAAAGCCUUUGGCAAAAACCAAGCUGGGAGUCUGAGGACCGCAGGGAGGCAGGACACCCUGGCUUCGGCCUCUCAGCCUGCCUGACUAACUUCGCUCUAUACUUCCAACUUCCUUACCUACGUGCCGAUGAAUGCAUUGAGACGCAACAGAUUACCAUGGGGAAUGAACUACUAAGAGAAAGAAAAGGAAAUAAUAAAGCAUGUAGGAACGUCACCGCGCAGGAAGUUGGCUUCAGUCUUCCCUUAUAAGGAUAUCGUUUCCCCCUCCCUCUUUACUUGGGUGUAAACUCUUCCUUUUCCCUGGCAGCUGCCUGAUGAUGAAGGAUGCAAGAGCUCUCCUCGCCUCUUUCUCUUUUCUGCACAAUAUCUCUUGCGCAAACAGCCGGGCGUUUAAGGAAAGGCAGGCGGAGGAGACUGACACAUGGAGCGGGAUUCUUGGAAGUGAAUGGGUGGGCGUGACUCACCCUGCUCAUUUGAUCAAUGACAGGCGUUAUCUUGUGAAGCGGGGUGGGGGUGGGAAACUGACACACCUUAGCUCCUGCUGGCCGUGUGUGUGUCAGGCAUUUGGAAAGGCAUUCUCAUUUUCCAUAUGACAUCACCCUCCCCCUUUAUAAUUUAUACAGGGCCAGUGGUGCAGGGGUAAAUUCUGAACUACAGUGGCUGCUCGGGUUGCAAACGUGAUCCGUGUGGGAGGCACGUUCGCGACAUGCAGUGCUCGUAACCCGCGGCCCGCACUUCUGUGCAUGCGUGGGUCACAAUUCGGUGCUUCUGCGCAUGUGCAAAGAGCGAUUUAGUGCUUCUGUGCAUGCGCAAGCGCUGAAACCCGGAAGUAACCCGUUCCGGUCCUUCUGGGUUCGGCACGGUGCGCAACCUGAAAUCAUGCAACCCCAAGCCUCUGUAACCCGAGGUAUGACUGUAAUAUGUCCUGGUUUAUUUAUAUGCCACUUUUGGGGCAAAGCAAGCCUGGAUGAUGAUGAUGAUGAUGUUGAAAAAUAUAACAACAAUAUUGUUUGUUUGUUUGUUUAUACCCCACUCUGGUUUUCCCAGCCACUCUGGGCGGCUCUAAAAAGAAUAUUAUCAAUCAUAAUAAUAAGCAAUAAAACAUCAAACAUUAAAAACUUCCCUAAACAAGUCUGCCUUCAGGUGUCAGAUAGUUGUUUAUUUCCUUGACAUCUGAUGGGAGGGCGUUCCACAUGGCGGGCGCCGCUACCAAGAAGGCCCUCUGCCUGGUUCCCUGUAACCUCACUUCUUGCAGUGAUUGAACCACCAGAAUGCCCUUGGAGUUGGACCUCAGUGUCCGGGCUGAUUGAUGGGAGUGGAGACGCUCCUUCAGGCAUACUGGGCUGAGAAUCCACCUGAACACGUCUGCCCAAAGCAUGACUUAGGUUGAAACUGGCUGUUGAGAAAGAACUUGAGCAGAGAGAAUUUGGCUGAUGCCCUUGCUUUGUUUUGAAAAAAGAGGCAGGGGUGUGUGUCUGCCUUUCUGUGUGAGGCCUGACUCAGACAUACUGCCCUGAGAUGGACAAAUCCUGGAUCUACUGCUGCCACAGAGAAGUGGUGCAACAUGUACUUCCCAUGACAGCACCCUCCUUUGAUGGGGUGCCAUCCUGGGACAGCGGUACGGUUUUGCUUCUGCAUCUGCAGCCAUUAAAAUGUUUGCUUCGGCUGAGAAGUGCCGGAAUAAUCAAGAGUUGACCGGGGUACUAUUUUCCCCGCUUCCUGUUUCAAAAAUUGUUUAGUUUCUUUAUUUACAUAAUAACUGCACGGGGAUUCUUUAUUUAAUUAAGCAGAUCAUCUGUGGCCUCGGGUGUAAAUAAACGGUUUUCGAAAAGCAACACACAAGCGCAACAGGCUGAGACCUGUUUUCCCUUAUAUGAUCCCCUAUUACCCUCACGCUUGCAAAGGUUUGCUUUUGCAAGGCAUUGCAUGCAUCUCAGUGUCUGCCAACUCCUUUCGUGCUGGCUUCCCAGAAGCUCUUGGGGCCCCUUGGUAGGACUCGCUGGCAAACCUGCAGUAAUCCCACGUUGCAGAUCCCACCAUUCCUGUCUGCUGCAAAAUCUGGUUGCGUCAGUCGAGGUGCUGAGUGAAGCCCAGCCCACGGGAACAAGUUUUUCAUCUCAGUUCCUUUCUCGGUUACCUGCAAAAGCAAUAUAACCCUGCAUGGACACUGGACCGCUUCCAGAUAUGCAUAAAAUGCACAGAUUAGACUGGCCUGCGGUGCAAUUGAGGAGCAUUCGAUUCUGCUUGCUUGCAAAGCCCUCCCUUAUUUUAUGUCUUGCAUCGGUGACCCUCUCAGGGUGUGGGCGGCUGAUACUUUCCCGUGCAUGGAGAAAGCGAAGUCUUGCACACAGCCUCUGUUGCGCAUGACUUCUUUGACACAGGCAGGGUUUUUGAAACGCCGUGCCCUGGACUGCCAUUUGCUUGGUAUUUGUGUGAACAAGACCUCACUCGCCCCUCCAGGGUUCUGGUGGCCUUUGGAUAAGGUGCUUCUCCUGUAACCUAGAACAUAAGAAGUCCUCAUGGAGCUUGUCCACAUUUCUGCUUUUCCCAUGCAUCCUAGCCACAAGUCUGAGAGGUUUUGCCUUUGCCUCACUGCUUUCCCCCAGAAAACCCACUCUUAUGAUGAUGAUGUUUCACUUGUGAUUUUUUUUAUCGCUAACCUUGCAGGAUAGUCACUAUUGUCCUAGUUGCUGUCAGUGUGGUUUGGAUCCCAAUCCUGCAGAGCUCCAACAGCGGCCAGCUCUACAUCUACAUCCAAUCUGUCACUAGCUACCUUGCCCCGCCGGUUACGGCUGUCUUCCUCUUGGCCGUUUUCUGGAAGCGAGCCAAUGAACAGGUACGCUCAUAUAUAAUAGCUGAUAAUGAUAACAAUAUCGUUAUUAUUUAUAUUCCGCCCAUCGGACUGGGUUCCCCUGGGCGGCUCCCAACAAAAUAUUAAAAACACAACAAAGCCUCAAACGUUAAAAACUUCCCUGCACGGAGACUGGCUUCUAAAAGCCCAAUAGUUGUUUAUUUCCUUGGUAUCUGAUGAGAGGGCGGGUGCCACCACCAAGAAGGCCAUCUGCCCGGCUCCCUGUAACCUCACUUCUUGCAGUGAGGGAACCACCAGAAGGCCCUUGGAGCUGGACCUCAGUGUUUGGGGUAUUUAAACUAGAGACUGCCGCCCUUGCGCACUUUGCUCGCCAACCCCAUGGAAUCAUGGAAUUGUAGAGUUGGAAGGGACCAUGAGGGUCAUCGUGUCGAACCCCCUGCAACGCAGGAAUCUUUUGCCAAGCAUGGGGCUUGAACCCACGACCCUGAGAUCAAGAGGCUCAUGCUCUACUGACUGAGCUAUCCAUCAUAAGCCAUCUUGCCAGUCCAUCAAACUCCCUACACCCUAGCCACCCCUAUCCUCUCACAACUCCUUGACCCCCCACUCACAGCUCCUUCAGUCCCCAUCCCCACCUCCCUGCCAUUCCCGCCCUACUCCCCACAGCCAUAGCUAUCAACUUUCAGAUUUGAAAAUAAGGGAUUAGCAGCCUCACCUGUCCCGGGACAGUCUACGGGAUAUCUAACAAUCCGGGAUAGCAGCGGGAAGCAGCGGGAAACGGCGCUGGAAUAAGGGAAUUUCCUGCGAAAAAAGGGUUAUGCCCACAGCUCAGCCCAAACUCCCCCAACAAUUCACUCCAAACUCCCUCUGCCAACAGCUUGCCCCAAACACAACCCCCCUACUGCCGCUGUUGCUACCACUUGCGGGGGAGAGGGGAAAGAGGAGGAAAAGGCCUUUCUCCCUUGCGCUCCGCGCUGCAGCUGGCAGACAGUAAGCAUGCAUUUUGAAAUGCAUGCUUCCUUCUGACACUGAUGGAGUACUAGGAGCAUGCAAAGACCUGCCAGGCCCACCCACCUAGUUGCCUCCCUAGUUGCUUACUCUGCUGGACCACCUGCCCAUUCUCUUUCUCGCUCAGCCAGACCACUCGCCCCCUCUGACGCUGGGCUUGCCUUGCCCUGCUGUGCCUGCGAGCGAGCAAGUGGGUGGCGGUGGCCAUGACAACAGGGUGAAUGGGAAGCCCCUUUCUGGACCACCUGCCAGCCUGCUUGUUUGCUCGCUUCCACUACCAUCCUGCUCACAUGGCCCCCUACUGGUGACCAGGUGAACUGCAGCGUGAUGACAUUUCCUUGCAAUAAUAUUAUAUAGUAAGAUAUAGUAUAUGUUUUUAAUAAAUGACUUAAGGGGGGACAUUGAAAGUUGCCUUAAGCUCAGUCAGACUGUUGAGCCACCUCUCAGCAAUGUCUGCAUAGGAUGGCAGUGUUCAUCUAGGGCUUGAGUUUGUCCCAUUCCCAUCUGGAGUUAUCAGGGAUUGAACAUGAGAUCUUCUGUGCACAAGGCAGAUGUUCUGCCCCUAAGCAUCAGUCUUUCCUAGGCCUGCAACUUGAAAUGCCCCUUAAGUGGAGAGAAUCUGCCAAAGAGAGAAUCUGAGCCGUGGGCUCUCCUCAUUGUAUUAUUAUUAUUUUUAAAAAAGAGAGAAGCACUAUUUAAAACAUAAAUCCAGGAACUGGUGGGUGGAUAUGCAAUGUUGUGGGUAUGCAAUGUUGCCCAUAGUAGAACAGGUGCAUUUUUUAAGGUCAGGGGACUAACCCACCAGUGUCUACCCUUGCCUCAUUGUUUCCUACCCUUUUCUUUUUUCCUAUCCCUUACAAGUCUGUCCCCAAAUGGGAAAACCCCAUGAUAAUAUGUGCAGUGUGAAUCACCCAAAUUUGCAUUACAAUCAUUUGUUUCCUUUUGUGAAAGCCGCACCUGUUUGUAAAUUGUAGGUCUCUGCUACAAAUGUAUAUGUGGGCUCUAUACCACUUUAACUGAUUGUGUGGCUGUGGUUCUAUGAUGUUACAUUGCGUGGAUGUGCUGCGAUGCUCUGUGGAUGUGGUGUUACGUUAUCUUAUGUUGGUAUGGUGUUCUGUUCUGUGGAUGUGGCGUUAUCAUCUGUUACGCAAACGUGGCGUUCUGUCAUGUAGCGUGACCUGGAUGUUUGCAUGUGUCACUAUGCUAUAUAGCAUUAUUUGUGGAUAUGUGGAUGCAAUCUGUGUUCUGUUGGGUUGAGUUACACACAUGUGUGAAUGUUGAUGUUAUGUUUAUCCUGCAUGAAAGUGGUUUGAGGCUCAGGCUUCUAAUCGUGCUUUAAUAAUGUGGGAUAUAAACGGCUCUCAUUUUAACUGUUUUCAUUGGGAAUUUUAAUUUGCUUUCUUUUCCUUGGCCACCCUGGGAAACCUGUUGAAUAGCAGGGAAUGAAUAAAAUUAAUUAAAUAAGUUUGGUUGAAGCCUGAAGGGCUCAAUCACAACUUCAGUAUGAUGAAGGAAGAGGGUGGUUAAGUCUGGCAUUAAAAGGAAAGAAAACAACUUGCUCCUUGUUUCUGGUCCCUUCUCCCGAGGCCUUGACCAAGCAGGUUAGAAUUUCAGUCUUUUGGGCCCUGUCUUUAUCUGCAGGGGGCUUUCUGGGGCCUGAUGGUGGGGCUGGUCAUUGGCCUGAGCCGGAUGGCCUUGGAGUUUGCGCACCCCACGCCCCGGUGUGGUGUCCCGGACAGGCGCCCUUCCCUCGUGAAGGACCUCCACUAUCUUCACUUCGCCACCCUCCUCUUCCUGCUGACUGCCAUGGUGGUGGCGGGCAUCAGCUUGUUGACUCAGCCCCCCGCUGAAUCCCAGGUGAGUAGAGCUUGUAAGCAGGUGAGCCGAGCUGCCCCAGUGGCGUAGAGGAGGAGAAGCAAGAGAACCACAGAACUGUAUACAGUCAAACCUCGGGUUACAGGUGCUUCAGGUUGAUUUUUUUGGGUUACAGACCCGCUGAAACCUGGAAGUACCAGAACGGGUUACUUCCGGGUUUCGGCAGUUGUGCUAAAUCACGCUUUAUGCAUGCGCAGAAGUGCCGAAUCGCAACCCACAUGUGCGCAGAUGCGCUGCUGCUGGUUGCGAAUGUGCAUCCCGCAUGGAUCACGUUCACAACCUGAGCAUCCACUGUAUUUGGAAGGUAGCCUGAGGGGUUCAACCCCCUGGAAUGCAGGAAUCUUAGCUAAAGCAUCCAUGACAGAUGGCCAUCCAAACCUCUGUUUAAAAGCCUCCAAGGAAGGAGAGUCCACCAUUUCCUGAGGGAGACUGUUCCACUGUUGAACAGCGCUUCCGGUCAGAAAGUUCUUCCUGACGUUUAGUCGGAAUCUCUCCUUUCUUGUAACUUGAAUCCAUUUCCUACCCUCCAGAGCAGGAGAAAAUAAGUUUGCUCCAUCCUCCAUGUGACAGAGCAAUGAUGGCAUCUGAGGAGAGAAGUAGCAGGUGCCCUUCGGCUGAGUCACGGCCCUUCCGCAAAUUUUAUUUUAAUAAUUCAUAUUAUUAAUUAAAUGACAAUUAUUUAAAUGUGUUUUCAUAGCUUAGGUACCGCCUGAACACCGUAGUUUCCGAGCACCUUACAAUAGGAAAUGCCAUGUACGAAAUGAAAUCAGCUGGAAUUCACUGGGAGGGUAAAACUCACUGUUUUUGCCCUCAGAAAUAAAGCCCUCGUUUCUUUCUGGAACAGGGGGAGAGCAACAAGCUUUUUAAAACAAGGAUCGUUUGCUUUGCUUUGGCAUGGGAAAAUGGCUGCCUGGCAUUGGCACUUGAUAGGAUUUCCUUGCCCUGAUAGUGACACAGGCCCAACCGAUUGCUCCCUUUGCUUCUGACCGAAGCAAUUGCCCGAGGCAGAAUGCUUUCUGUUAAACCACCUUUGAAGGAACAGAAAGAAAGAAAGAAGUCUUUUCCACUCCACCCAGAGAGGCCGAGCCAUUCUUGUGCCACCUAACCACCACCCCUAGCUAUGGAAGACUGCCCUUCCUUGGCACCAGGGCCCUCUCAGACGUAUUGAGACAUGCCGAGCGGAGUGGUUUGUUCUGAUGUGUGCCCAGAGAGAACGGACGGUUGGGUGGCACGAGAAAACACGGUGGGCGUUGCCUGGAUCUCUCUGCACCUGGAAGGUGGUGGAACCUCUGACAGGGUUCAGGGCAGGAGGCUGGCACGAGCGAAAAACAUCAAGAUGGGGGGCGGGUCAGGGGUCAGUAGAACAGGCCUUCCUGUUAGGGUUUGUUUUGCGUCUUGACUGUUAAUUUGCAUUUGGGAGGGUCUGAUAUUACAGAGUUUCUCUGACCCAUAAUAUUGGACACUCUCUCUCUCUCUCUCUCUCUCUCUCUCUCUCUCUCUCUCAUUUGAAUCCCCCAAAUUCCUCUUUUUAUUUUAUCUGUUUUGUUUGUUUUGUUUGUUAAUUAUUUAUUUCAUAAAAUGUAUAUACCGCCUAAUGGUUAAAAAAAACCCCAACAACCUCAAUCAGUUUACAAAAAGAUAAAACAAGUAAAUCAAAGGGGGGAGGGGAAUCACUACCCUACUUUAAAACACACAAAAGUUAAAACACCGAAACAGAUUAAAUUUGCCUCAAUUUUCUAAGCAUCUGGCUAGGCUUGUCCAUUUAGCAGUUUCGUUUUAUCAACUAUUUUUGUUUUAAUAAAAUUGUUUAUUGUUUUUGUCGCACACGAGUUAGAGAUUUUAUUUUUGUAUGAAGUGUAAAGAAGAUUUUAAAGCGUUAGCAAAUUUACAGAUUCGUUUAAAUGAAAUAAAAUGCCAUUUUAAAGACCUUUAGUUAUUUUCUGUAUGGGUUUAUUAAUUAAAAAAAAAACCCUAUCAUAGUUGUUUUUACUCUAAUGACUACACUGCCUUGAGACUUAUGCAAAAGGCAUGUCAAUAAUAAUAAUAAUAAUAAUAAUAAUAAUAAUAAUAACAACAACAUCCAAAAGCUAUCGCCAGAGUGUAGGGGCUUCAUCCAAUAUUAGACAUACUCAGAACAGAGACAUUGAAAUUAACUGACACAGAAAACUUGGAACUGUGAAUUUUCACAAGUCUAAUUUGAGCGAAACUAGAGUCUCUUGGGCCUUAUCUGUGGCCUCAAACUAGGAAUUGCCUGUGUACAGGGCAACCGCGGAACCUUCCAGAACUUCUCCUGGGUGCGCUACUUCUCUCAGAGUCAAACUCUUUCCUGUACACUGAAGGAUGGAAGGUGCAAAUUUCACCCAUUGUUCCUCUCCAAUAUCUCUGCUGAGUGAACAUAUCCCUUGUGUUUCUGUCAGGAGUGUUGCUUUCCUAUCAGCGGCACAUUUUACCUCACAACGUCAUGCUUUGGCUAUCAAUGGUAAUGACGCUCAUAAGCAAAUGCAACUUUGUAUUUCAUUGGCUUUCCCCCUACUUUUUUAUAUUUGCAGGUAAAGUUUGUGACUUGGUGGACUCUUCGUGAGGAGUCCCUACCUCCCCAACUCCCCAACCCCAAAUCGCUGCCUGAGGACGGCUUUUCCAGCACACAGAACGAUGGUAGGCCCCAGGCACGAUUUGAACGACAUCCUCUCUCAGAGGGGCAGGGAAAAAGAAAAGCCCAUUGGAAUAUGUGGUUUCAUGUGAACGGCGGGUGCUGAAAUAUCCUGUGAUCAGUCCGUCAACUUUACUGAAUGUAGCCGAAGGACUUCACAAUAUAAAAGAUGUCAAACUCCCAAUUAAAAUUAAAAACUUGAUACGGAAUCACAGAACAGCCAUUAGUACCCAUGUGCACCAACCUCCGUGGGUAAUGAAACAUUGGGUUAAGAUUUAUAAUACUGUGCAUUUUAUCAUUCUUGAUAUGACUGGAAUGCAGCUUUUAAGCCGGCAGUGCAAAUUUGGCUACCAAAUGGACAGAACUGAGGAACCAUUGAGAAGUUGUUGGCCAUUAGAUCCAGCCAGCAUGGCCAAUAAUGGUCAGGGGAUGAUAGGAGCCCAGCCCCAUUGGAAGGGCUCCAGGUCAGUGGGCGCUGACCCUUUAUGGCCAGCCCAAUACAUUUUGGCACCUGAGGCACACCAUAAAAUGGUGACCCUCCUCCCUGCUAGAGAAGAAGGUGCUGGUCAAGAUCUAUAUCAGAAAGAAGUGGGGAAUGGAGAUCUACAUCAGGAUCUGCUGCCCCGGUGGAUCCUGCUGCCUAAGGUGGCUGUCUCACCUUGCCUCAUGGGUGGGCCAGCCCUGCAUGAGGGCGAAGGGGACAAUGUCCCACCAAUCUCAGUCUGCCAUCAGCCAGCCUCCUCCACCUUAGACUCAGUGUUGCCCAUUAGGAACUCAGAGAGGAAGAGGAGGAGGAGGAGGAGGAGGAGGAGGAUGGGGACAAAACUGGAAUUAGUUGGCUUUGACGGUCAUUGGCUUUGGCUGCCCUUACUCUUGGGCUUCCUGUCUUCCACCCCACCAGUUUCCAUGGGCACCAGCUGUUGCUGCUCUAGGUUCCCCAUCCCUGCUCUAGGACUUUGUCUAAUCUUUUUUUUUUCUUUCCAUGAAUAAACCCUUUGCUCUCUCUCUUUCUCACAGAUCUCCCAGAAAGCCCCCUGUGGAGUUGCUUUGGCAACGGAAAGGCCUGCGCCCCCUGCGUCAUGAAGGCUGGAACCCCCCCAGGGAAGCCCCCUGGGGAAAAGACAGAAUCCUGCUUCUGGGCUCGGAUCUGCUGUGCAAACGCCCUUCUCCUGAUCUGUGUCAAUGUCUUUUUCUAUGCUUAUUUUGCUUAAGGGAUGUCUUCUGGAAAGUUCCUCAGAGAAGACGGGAAGGAGUUUGGGGUGAGUGGGGAGGGGAGGGGAAGAGAGAACUGGUGUGUAUGUGGAAGAUGGGAAGUAUUCUCUGAUACCAGUGGAUUGCUUUAUUUAAAUAUUAUAUUUCAGCUACUGAUGGGGCCGUUCUAA